CACAGGAUUUUUACAUUGUUUUCUACUCACAUUUUUAAAAGGAUCUUUCCAUUAUUUCCCCCUCAAGACCAUUUUUCAGGGAUUAUUUAACUGUUCCUUCAUUAUAUGGAAUCAAGUCCCACUGACUUUGAUGGAGUUUACUUCUUUCUAGGAUCUCGUAUCGCCCCAAGAAAGGACAAGCAUCUGCAGAGCUUCACUCGCCCUCUGCAGUUCCAUCUAUCAACCCCUUUGCUCCGCUUUGGUACCCGGAAGCGGACGUACCAGGCCAGAUUUGGGUCGAGGGAAAGUUUUCGAUGUCGGCGGCUGCCUGAGAGGUAGGCAGUGCUGGGAAGGCGCCCGGCCUCCAGGCCUCUCCCUCGGCGGGAACGGGGCUGAGCUCCUCCGAGGCGAGCAAAAGGCGCCUCUCCUCAGGGGAGGAAGGAGGGAGCAGGGUCCCAGUUCGCAGCCACCUGCAGAGUCAGAGCGCGGACGGCGCCGGAUCCGUCGCCGGCCUUCAUCGGAGAGACCCGCAUCCCGUCCUUCCUCGGGCAGUCCCUGAGCCCCUGCGGCGGCUGCGAGACCCUCCUCGGCUAGCUUCGCCAGGCGGCCUCCCGCCCCCCUCCACAAUAACUCAUCUGCACCUCCUGAGACCAUCGCCACAGAGACCACAACGCUGCUGCUUCCAUCAGCCUUCCGCUCCUGGCCAACCUCCUGUCAGUUCCCCUCUACUGGAGAAGGCUACCUUAUUCAGUGACUGGGAUAUGUUUGCAGGCGGAUUGACGCUUAGGUUUGUGGGGAAUAUAACCCGUGUUUCCCUAAUGAUCAGUUUGGUUGUUUAGUUGGCACCCUGAAGAAUUCUAGUCUGGGCCUGUGUUAUCUGGUGAGAGGGAAGAGAGCCUACUCAUUAGUUGGGCAUCAUUCCAUUCCUGACUGUGCAUUGAUGUCUGAAGAAGAUGAAUUGUGGACUUACCCGUGGAUCAGUUAAACUAUUCUUGUUACAAAAGCUUCCUGGUCAUGCUCCAGUCUUAUAAACCUCUCAUCUUCUGUUUCUCACUCCUUGAAUCUUCCAUUGUUUCUCUGGAUUGAGGAAAAAUCUCAGGCAGGGUUUACAGAAGAAAAUAGAACCAAUUAUAUCCCAAACAAGUAUUUGUGUGUAUGAGUCAUCUGCUUGGAUUUAUAACCAUCCCCACCUUAAUUGAACAACUUCUGUUUCUCUUUGGAGUCAUCAGAUGCUUGUUCAUGUUAUUGAGAGAGAUGUAUUAAAGUGGAACUUCUUAGACUUUACACAGGCCUUAUUAAAGGAAACUAUGGAGGUUUUUUACUGGAUUAUUGCCAGGAUUAGUUCGCACACUGAAGGUAUGCGUUGUUAGAUCUCACUUGCAGGUAAUGUUUGUCCUGCUUUAAUGUGAAGUGCUGUGGGAAUUAUCCUUAUCAACUGUGGAGGGUGGCUUGGAUCAAGAAGAGUUUCUCUUCUUCCCUGGUUGGUGUGGCACCACAUAUCUAUCCUCAAUGCCUUCAGCCUUGGCUAUCUUCACUUGCCGCCCGAACUCUCACCCAUUUCAAGAACGUCAUGUCUACCUGGAUGAGCCUGUCAAGAUUGGCCGCUCAGUGGCUCGAUGUCGACCAGCUCAGAAUAAUGCAACCUUUGACUGUAAGGUCUUGUCUAGGAACCAUGCGCUUGUCUGGUUUGACCACAAGACGGGAAAGUUCUAUCUUCAAGACACUAAGAGUAGUAAUGGUACCUUUAUAAAUAGUCAGAGAUUGAGCAGAGGUUCUGAGGAAAGCCCGCCAUGUGAGAUUCUUUCUGGUGAUAUCAUCCAGUUUGGUGUAGAUGUGACGGAGAACACGCGGAAAGUAUUGUUGUUCUUUCCAGUCACCCAUGGAUGCAUUGUCUCCACUAUAAAAUUAUUUCUCCCAGAUGGUAUGGAAGCUAGGCUACGGUCAGAUGUCAUCCAUGCUCCAUUACCAAGUCCUGUUGAUAAGGUUGCUGCUAACACUCCCAGUAUGUACUCUCAGGAACUGUUUCAGCUUUCACAGUAUCUCCAGGAGGCCUUACAUAGGGAACAAAUGUUGGAACAGAAGUUGGCCACCUUACAGCGAUUGCUUGCUGUCACACAAGAGGCAUCAGAUACAAGUUGGCAGGCUUUGAUAGAUGAAGAUAGACUACUAUCAAGGUUAGAGGUUAUGGGAAAUCAGUUACAAGCAUGUUCAAAAAGUCAAACAGAAGACAGUUUACGAAAGGAACUUAUAGCAUUACAAGAUGACAAACAUAACUAUGAGACAACUGCCAAAGAGUCCCUGAGGCGGGUUCUUCAGGAAAAAAUUGAAGUGGUCAGAAAACUUUCUGAAGUGGAGCGAAGUUUAAGCAACACCGAAGAUGAAUGUACUCACUUAAAAGAAAUGAAUGAACGGACUCAGGAAGAAUUACGAGAAUUGGCUAACAAAUACAAUGGAGCUGUAAAUGAAAUCAAAGAUCUCACUGACAAACUAAAGGCAGCUGAAGGAAAACAAGAAGAAAUCCAGCAAAAGGGACAGGUUGAGAAAAAAGAACUUCAGCAUAAAAUAGAAGAGAUGGAAGAGAGAGAGCAAGAACUUCAGGCAAAAAUAGAAGCUUUGCAAGCAGAUAAUGACUUCACUAAUGAACGGCUAACUGCUCUGCAAGUCCGGUUAGAACAUCUUCAGGAGAAAGCUCUUAAAGAACACAACAGUUUAGGCAUACAAGUUGAUGACUUCAUUCCUAAAAUUAAUGGGAGCACAGAAAAAGAGCACUUUCUUUCAAAGAGUGGAGGGGACUGCACAUUUAUUCAUCAGUUCAUAGAGUGCCAGACAGACAAGCUCAUAGAUGAAGGACAUCUCUCCAGAGUGGAUGAAACAAAGAUUCUGAAAGAAAAUCAAGCAAAAGGAAAAGAAGCUGAUCUGUCAGAUACUCUUAGCCCAAGCAAGGAGAAAAGCAGUGACGACACUACAGAUGCUCAGAUGGAUGACCAUGAACUAAAUGAACCUAUUGCUAAAGUAGCCCUUUUAAAAGGAGAUGUAUUGCAGGGUGCUCAAUCAGAAACUGAAACUAAACAAGAAAUUCAGCAGCUGCACAAGGAUCUGGUUGAAGCCCAAGAACUAGCUAGAACAAGUAAACAAAAAUGCUUUGAUCUGCAAGCUCUUUUGGAAGAAGAGAGAAAAGCUUAUCAACUGCAAGCUGAAGAGUCCACCAAACAAAUUCAGGUUCUCCAAGCUCAGCUGCACAGGCUACAGGAAGAUAUUGAACGUCUUCGUGAGGAAAAGGAGAAUGAAAUCUCUGGUACUCGAAAUGAAUUGCUUAGUGCUCAGAGUGAGAUUCUUUUGUUACAACAAGUAGCUGAAAAGGCUGCAUCAGAAAGAGAGACAGACGUUGCAAAUUUGCAAGAAGAGCUUCAGAAAGUGAGGGCUGAGCUUGAACAGUGGCGCAAAGAGGCUUCAGAAUAUGAAAAAGAGAUUAUCAGUCUGCAAGCCAGUUUUCAGCUAAGGUGUCAGCAGUGUGAGGAGCAACAGAGAGAAGAAGCCAUUCGUUUACAAGGUGAACUUGAUAAGUUGAGAGGGGAGUGGACUGUUCUGGAAGCUGAAAGCCAUUCAUUAAAGAAGGAGAAUUCCUUGCUUGCAGGUGAACUUCAACGACAAGAGAAGGAGCUACAUAACUCCCAUCAACAGGGUUUAGCACUUACUAGUGAUCUGAGUGUUCUUGAACUGACCCGAAAGGAACUUGAAAAUAAGGUGGGAUCAUUGAAAGAGCAACAUCAGCGAGAUACAAAUAGCCUAAAAACCCGUCUUAACGAGGCAGAAAACCAAGCCAAGGAUGCUCAAAAUGAGUAUGAAAAGGCACAGACCAUACUCUCAGAGCUGAAGCUGAAGUUUGAGAUCACUGAGCAGGAAAAGCAAUCAAUCACAGAUGAGCUCAAACAAUGUAAAGACAACCUGAAGCUGCUACAAGAAAAAGGAAACCAUAGACAAUGGCCUUGGAUGCCUGUGAUGGCAGCUUUGGUAGCUGUGACAGCCAUGGUGCUGUACCCAGGCCUAACCAGAGCUUCUCCAUGAGAACUGUUGUUGAAUCCAUACACCGUCCUCCUUUAGAAGCUGGCAUCAUUCACACACUGGGGGAAAACCAGAUUCAUUCUCUUCCUUUUUACCUCUUAAUACCACAAAGUUUGGCUUCAGAACAGCAGUAGGGUCAUUGCUUUAAACUGUACAAAAUGUAUCUGUCUAUAAAGAGGGAAUAAAAACUAUGACUUCAUUCUAUCGUGAGCAAUAUUGUUGCUUACAAUUUCAUGUAAUUCUUAAGAUAGUAUGUUGGAGUUCUAAAUACUGCUAUGGUGGCCUAAAGUAGGCUUCUUGGUAAAAAUUAUUUAUAAUGGUUAGGCGUGUGGAUAUUUUACUUUAGAAUAUGAUUGCCAGAUGGAAAGCAAUGCAUUUUCCCCCUGAAUUAGACACCAUGCCAAAUAUCCUUUAAAUACUUGGAAGCAGAUGCAGUGUGCUCAGUGCCUUUCAGUUUGACUUUAUUUGUACAGUAACAUACCUUUUUUUAAAAUUUGCUGUGAGUCACUGAGCUAUUGGGAACAAUUUUCUUUUUCCAAGUCUUCUGACAGAAACAAAUAUUUUUCUUCAGUAAAGGUCCUAUUUUAUUGAUGACUUGGGGAACUAGUAUAAUUCAAUGUCAGCCUUAAAGAGCUCUAGAAGAAAUUGAAUGGAAAGCAUCAGUCUAGACUGUUCUUGUGUGCAUGUUGUGUGCCUGAGUGGACUAAGGUUUUUCUGGGAGCAAAAUCUUGAUUUUUUUUCUGAUGGACAUAGUGCAGUGAUCCAAUUUUUAGUUUGAAUGUAAUUUAUUAAAUUUCAUGUAUAUAGACACUAUAAAACUCAACAUAUUUUCUCACAUAUCACAUUAUAGAAAUGAUUUUUUCCAGUCAUUUAUUAUCAAAACCGAACUGGGGAAGUAAUAUUUGUCUCUUUAACUGUACUUUUAUUGGCAUAACUUCAUUAUGUGAGGUGCUUGAGUGCUUCUAUUGUUAGGGAAAGGGAGAAGAAAAAUCGAAAAUGGGAAAGCCUUCUGGAAGGUUAGAAUAAUCUAAUUGGUCCUCUAUGCAACAACUUUAGCUGAAAGAACGUGCUGUCAACAAUUAGAAGCUUUACAUCACAGUUUAUAUGGCCUUACUAUUAAUGUCCCUAGUAGGUGUUGGCUUACAAAUGGGGAGCAACUGUAAUUAAAACCUGAAUAAAGUGUUGGCUUGCACAGCUCAACAGCUCUGUUCAUUAAGGUCUAUAUUAAUAUAAAAAGAAUUGCAAAGUGAAAUGGUUCAGCUGAUGGAAAUUCAUAGGAAGACUAUCUUAAACAAAAAUUCAGUUGGUUUAAAGGAUUUAAUGGCAAUCAACAGAUCUAGUUAAAUAUAUUUAAAUAGAGUUUUUAGUUUAUAAUUUGCCUUUUGAGGUUUUGAGGGUCACUUUACUUUAAAGGUUCUAUCUUAAGCUAUUUGGGAUGUGUUAAUGGGAAGAUCAUUAGAUUUAAGGGAAUGUUAGUCCACAGUCUCUUAGAAAAUGUCAUUUUUUUGUUCAUUUCAUUCUUUUCAGUUGCAGGGAGCUGCCACCCACCCACAAAAACACACAUGCCAGUGGUACUCAGUACCUCUUGUAUAUAGGUUAUUGCAAAUAUUAUUCUGAAAAUGCUUAACUUCAGAAUUACAUUUUUAAAAGUAAAUAAUUGUUUUAAAUCUAUUUUGUAAAGAUAUUAAAAAAAACCAAUAGAAUUUCUGGAGUACAGAUUGAACUAUUUGCACUAACACACGUGAUGUGCAUGAUUUAAUAAAAUAACUUUACUCUCCCUA